GACCCUUAAAUAUUAAGGAAAAAACUAACGUAGCGUCCAUUUUAACGCGGAAUCCUGUUUUCAAGGAGAGAAGUUAGAAAAUCAUCACAAUCGCUUGCAGCAAAAUGGCAGUUCGGGAGUAUCGUGAGCGAAUUGACAUUGCACAGUUGACCAAUGAUGAUCUGUACAAGAGAUAUCGUGUGAACCAUGCCACAUUGGCAUAUAUAAUUGCCCAGCUGGAUGCUGCCUUAGCCCCCAAUACUGACAGGAGCCACAGCCUUUCUACUGGCUACAAGGUCUUGAUCACACUGAGGUACCUGGCUACCGGUGUGAUACAGCUCAACACCGGUGAUCUGCACUCUGUAGCUCAAUCAAGUGUUUCGAGAGCAGUAUCUCAAACACUUGAUGCACUGAGCUCCCAAAAUGUUGUGAGGAGACACAUUAGAUUCCCAACAACCAUUGAGUCAUUAAACAGGAAUAAACAAGGAUUUUUUCAUAUUGCUAGAUUCCCAAAUGUGAUCGGUGUCAUAGAUGGGACUCAUGUACAGAUCCAGGCACCAUCUAUUGAUGAACCCAUGUACGUGAACAGAAUGGGUUACCAUUCCAUCAACACACAGAUUGUGUUUGAUCAUAAUGACAUGAUAAUGGACGUUGUCGCCAGAUGGCCAGGAAGUACCCACGAUAGCAGGAUCCUUAGAGGAAGUGGGCUGUGGCAAGUUUUCGAUAGAAACCUGCUUCCACAGAAUGACCACUUUCUUCUGGGCGAUAGUGGGUAUCCCUGCAAACGCUGGCUGUUGACGCCUUAUGUGAGACCAGCUAAUAACGCUCAGGAAGCGUAAAACAGGGCACACAAGUUGACAAGGAGCAAGGUUGAACGGGGCAUAGGACAGCUGAAACGCAGAUGGGGAAUUCUGCAUGGAGAAGUUAGACUUGCUCCAGAAAAAACGUGCAAGGUGAUCAUUGCAUGUGCAGUUUUGCACAACAUCUGCAAGCUGCAUGGUGUGCCAGAUGUUGAUGAUCUGCCGGAAGAUCCUGUGCGCAAUGACGGGAUUCAUGUUGGUCCAGAAGAUGGACUUCGCUUCCGUGAUAUUAUAUGCGAACAGUAUUUUAGAUUGUAAAUUACGGGGGAUAGACAAAACAAGUCUUAAAAAUGUGUGUUCAUUUACAUCUAAUAAAGACAAAACAAGUCUUAAAAAUGUGUGUUCAUUUACAUCUGAUAAAGACAAAACAAAUCUUAAAAAUGUGUGUUCAUUUACAUCUGAUAAAGACAAAACAAGUCUUAAAAAUGUGUGUUCAUUUACAUAUGAUAAAGACAAAACAAGUCUUAAAAAUGUGUGUUCAUUUACAUCUGAUAAAGACAAAACAAGUCUGAAAAAUGUGUGUUCAUUUACAUCUGAUAAAGACAAAACAAGUCUUAAAAAUGUGUGUUCAUUUACAUCUGAUAAACACAAAACAAGUCUUAAAAAUGUGUGUUCAUUUACAUCUGAUAAAGACAAAACAAGUAUAUAAAAUGUGUGCUGAAUGAGACAUAGCUGAUUAAUAUAGGAUUGGUGGCUGGGGAACAUAGCUGAUAUUAUAGGUUUCAGGGCAAGGGAACAUAGCUGAUGUUAUAGGUUUUGGAGCCAGAAAACAUAGCUGAUAAUAUCAGUUUGGGGGUCGGAGGCCAUCGCUGAUGUUAUUGGUUUGGGGGCCGGGGGACAUAGCUGAUAUGAUAUAAAAA